CAAAGCGGGGGGCCCCUGGUUCAUCUGCAGCCGGUCUAGGUGGUGAAUGUGAUGAAUACGCGCACGCGGUGGAGGAAGCCCGGGCCAUGAAAUACCACAUCGACGGGGGAUUCCCUAGCUGUCGAGCCUGUUGGGGCCGGGGUAGCGGGGUCUCUCCGACGCUCCACGAAAUGGUCCGCGAAAACGGUCCACGAGACGAGGCUAGAGCAACAAAGUGCCCUCGCCGCCGGCCAGUCCAGACCAGUCACAACCCAGGCUCGACUCACUGAUCAGUCGCAAUUCGCUGGCCACUGCCGGUUUGCUCGAAACAAGGUUUGGCCCUUCGUGCUGCCCGAUACAUCCCGGCAUCAGCCA